ACCAACCGUCAUUGUACAUGCAAACUCCAAAAAUUCCCAGAAAACAAAAUGCUUUUCAAAGCUUUGCUUGUCUUCUUCCUCCUCCUCUUCCCAUUUUGCACAUCCAUUGACACCAUUGCACUGAACCAGCGUGUCAAAGAUGGUGACUUUAUAGUGUCCAAAGAAAACAACUUUGAAUUAGGCUUCUUCAGCCCCGGCAAUUCGAGCUCUCGCUAUGUUGGAAUUUGGUAUGCUAAUAAGUCUGAAAAGGCAGUGGUUUGGGUUGCAAACAGAAACAACCCCAUCAAUGAUACCUCUGGCGUCCUCACCAUCAACAGGUAUGGAAAUUUGGUUAUUUAUGCGCACGAUAUUGACAGCUUUUCUAUUUGGUCCGCAAAUGUGUCUCUUCAAACCACAAGCACUUCUGUAGCUCAGCUUUUAGAUACAGGAAAUUUAGUGCUUUUUCCGGAUAGUAUUAGUAAAAGUGAAAGCUUUAUAUGGCAGAGUUUUGAUUACCCUACAGAUACUCUACUUCCCGGAAUGAAAGUUGGGUUGAAUUGGAAAAUUGGGUUUGAAUGGGUCUUAACAUCUUGGAAGUCCCAAAAUGACCCUGGAACUGGGAACUAUAGCUUGAGGCUCUUUUCAAACCAGACUGCUACGCCCCAAUAUUUUCUGUAUAAGGGUGUGAGCAAAUAUUGGAGAAUUGAUCCAGGGCCGUGGCCCGAUUUUGUGAGUAGUAAUGAAGAAAUGUAUUUUUUGUUUGUGACUGAUAACACCUCUGUAAUUAGAUGGGUGUUGACGGAUUAUGGGUUAAAUCAACAAUUGAGAUGGAGUGAUGCUGUUAAUCAAUGGGAGGAACUAUGGGCUGCACCAAAAUACCGGUGUGACCAAUAUGGACAGUGUGGUGCCAACAGCAAAUGUAGCCCUGACAACGUUUUCCUGGAAUACUUGCCGAACAAAAGCUUGGACUCCUUUCUUUUUGCCAAAUAUCUCAAUGUGGAUCGCACAAGAAGUUCCUUGUUGGACUGGAAAAAGCGCUUUGAAAUUAUCAACGGGGUUGCUCGUGGGAUUCUGUAUCUUCACCAGGAUUCAAGACUUAGGAUUAUUCAUAGGGAUCUAAAAACCAGCAAUGUUCUUCUAGAUGCUGAGAUGAACCCAAAAAUAUCAGAUUUUGGCAUGGCAAGAAUAUUCCAUGGGGACCAACUGCAGGAUAAAACCAACAGAGUUGUUGGAACAUAUGGAUAUAUGUCACCUGAGUAUGCAGUGUUUGGAAGAUAUUCAACCAAAUCAGAUGUCUUUAGUUUUGGGAUCAUAUUAUUGGAGAUUGUGAGUGGCAGAAAAAACAAUGGCUCUUAUCAAGAGGAACAUUCCAUGAACUUGAUAGGACAUGUUUGGCAGCUGUGGAGAGAAGAUAGAGCCUUAGAAAUUGUGGAUUCAUCACUAGAGUCAUAUCAUUCUGAUGAAGUCUUGAGAUGCAUUCAAGUUGGGCUCUUGUGCGUGCAAGAAGAUUCAGAGGACCGACCAACCAUGUCAGCCGUUGUAUUUAUGUUGAGUGGUGAAGCAUCUCUACCAUCUCCUCAGCAGCCUGCAUUUGUCUUCAGAAAAAGUUCCUGCGGUGGUGGUUAUCUAUCACGUCCACAAGGAUUAUAUUCUGUUAACGACUUGACAAUGACUAAACUUGUAGCACGAUAAGGAUUCAGGCUGUUGCUUCCACAAUUAUCAAAAUGUUAUUUCUUUUAUUGACCUUCAUGUGACAUUUCGGCACUGCAUAAUGUGCCCAUCACCUUAAUACAAAUUUAUAAUCUA